AUGUCCACCAACCCGCCAGCCACCGGAGCUGGUAUAGACCAAAAUGCCAAUAGCAAGGCAGCGGUGAAGGCAAAGCGAGAGGCGGACAAGGAGCGCCAGAAAGCCGAAAAAGCGAAGAAAUUCGCGGAGAAAGAAGCUAAAAAGAAAAGGGCUGCUGCUGCCACUGCAUCGGCAAAGCCUAAAGACACUGCGGAAGACCAUCAGCUGAAGAAGACAUUGCCGCAGUACACCGAAGAGACGCCUAAAGGAAAGAAGAAAAUCCUUAAGCCCCUCGACGGACCUUUUCAUUCAGCGUAUAUUCCCAAAGUUGUCGAGUCGGCGUGGAAUGAUUGGUGGGAGGCGGAAGGCUUUUUCCAGCCUGAAUUCAUCAGCGAAGAACAAAAGCCAAAGCCGGAGGGGACCUAUGUCAUUCCGAUCCCUCCUCCUAAUGUGACGGGUGCUUUGCAUUGCGGACACGCGUUGGGAACAGCAUUGCAGGACUGCUUGAUCCGGUGGCAUCGGAUGAAGGGGUAUACUACAUUAUACCUGCCCGGAUGUGAUCAUGCUAGUAUUUCAACCCAGAGCGUGAUUGAAAAUAUGCUGUGGAGGAGAGAGCGAAAGACGAGACAUGAUCUUGGACGGGAGCAAUUCACUAAUAGAGCGUUGGAAUGGAAAGAGGAAUACCAUUCCAAGAUUAAUGCCGUUCUCAAAAGGCUAGGAGGCUCGUUUGACUGGACCCGCGAGGCCUUCACAAUGGAUGACAAUUUAUCGGCUGCCGUGACCGAAUGCUUCGUUCGUCUACACGAAGAAGGUUAUAUCUAUCGAUCGAGUCGCCUGGUAAAUUGGUGUGUACAGUUUAACACUGCAAUAUCGAAUCUGGAAGUGGAUAGCAAGGAGCUGAAAGGACGGACAUUACUGGAAGUUCCAGGCUACGAGCGCCCAGUGGAAUUUGGAGUUCUCACUUAUUUCCAGUAUCGGGUGCAGGGCAGUCAGGAAACAAUUGAAAUUGCGACAACCCGACCGGAGACCUUGCUAGGCGAUACAGCAGUGGCUGUUCAUCCUGAUGAUCCUCGUUAUAGCAAUUUGGUUGGCAAGAAGAUUCAGCAUCCUAUCGUGGACCGACUACUCCCAAUCAUCGCAGAUCCGUACGUGGAUCCGGAAUUUGGCACUGGAGCAGUUAAGAUUACCCCUGCGCAUGAUGCGAACGAUUAUGCCAUUGGCAAGCGCCACAAUCUUCCAUUUAUUAACAUUCUUAAUGACGACGGAACUAUGAAUUCCAACGCCGGAAAAUACGCGGGACGCAAACGUUUUGAUGUUCGGUACGCUGUGGUGGCGGAAUUGAAAGAAUUAGGGCUCUUUGUAAAGAAAGAGAGCCAUCCUAUGAAAGUGCCACUUUGCUCUAAAUCGAAGGAUGUUAUUGAACCCUUAAUGAAGCCACAGUGGUGGAUGAGAAUGAGGGAGCUAGCCGAUGACGCCCUGAAAGUGGUUCAGGAUGGAGAGAUCAUCAUCCAGCCAGAAGCAGCAAGGGACAACUAUUUUCGAUGGCUAGAAAACAUUACAGAUUGGUGUUUGUCUCGCCAGCUGUGGUGGGGCCACCAAAUACCUGCUUAUUUCGUUGACAUAGAAGGUCAACUAACAGAUGAAACAAACGACAACCUUUGGGUUGCCGGCCGAACGGAGGAGGAAGCUCGCCAGAAAGCAGAGGCAAGAUUCCCUAAUCAACGCUUCACCCUCCGAAGGGAUCCAGAUGUUCUGGAUACUUGGUUCUCGUCGGGUCUCUGGCCAUUUUCAACACUAGGAUGGCCGCGGCAAACCCAUGAUCUUGACAACCUCUUUCCAACAUCAUUGUUGGAGACUGGAUGGGAUAUUCUGUUUUUCUGGGUAGCACGGAUGAUCAUGCUAAGUUUAAAGCUCACUGGCAAAGUGCCGUUUAAAGAGGUUUACUGUCAUUCCCUCAUCCGUGACUCUGAGGGCCGAAAGAUGUCGAAGUCGCUCGGUAAUGUGAUUGAUCCUGUCGACGUCAUGGAGGGUAUUAGCCUCCAGAAACUGCACGAUAAACUUCAGCAGGGAAACCUAGAUCCCCGGGAGCUGGGUGUGGCCAUGAAGUAUCAAAAAGCAGCCUUCCCAAAUGGAAUUCCCGAGUGUGGAGCUGAUGCCUUGCGAUUCUCACUAAUCCAGUAUACCACAGGGGGCGGCGAUAUAUCUUUCGAUGUUAAGGUUAUGGCCGGGUACAGGAGAUUCUGUAACAAGAUCUAUCAGGCAGCCAAAUUCGUGCUGGGCAAAAUCGGAGACCAGUAUACACCUCCAUCAACUUUGGAUAAGACAGGAGACGAAUCGCUGGGCGAGCGGUGGAUGCUACAUAAACUCAAUACCGCUUCACAAAAUAUUGACCGAGCUCUGAGCGAGAAGGAGUUCUCCCGCGCGGCACAGAUUGUCUAUCAGUAUUGGUAUGAUAAUUUGUGCGACGUGUUCAUUGAAUACUCCAAAUUUCUUAUCCAGCAUGGUUCGGAAAAGGAAGCGCGAUCCGCUCUCAAUACACUUUACAAUGCCUUAGAAGCAGGUCUUCGAAUGAUUCAUCCUUUUAUGCCAUUUAUCAGCGAGGAGCUGUGGCAGCGUCUGCCCAGAAGACCUGGCGAUUCUACUCCGUCCAUCGUCAUUGCAUCAUACCCCAAAUAUAAUGCGUCCCUCGCAGAUGAUACUUCCGAGGGUGCAUUCGAGACUGUAGUAAAAUCAGUCAAGGGAAUCCGCUCUCUGAUAGCUGGAUAUGGUAUUCAGGACAACGCUAAAGUAUUCAUCCAUGCAACAGACGCUCACUCCUAUGAGCUUGUUAGUAGUGAAGCUGGAAGCAUCAAGUCACUGGCCGGAAAGGGUCUUGCUGCUGUGCAAGUCAUUGGUCCCAACGAACAGCCUCCUGUAGGAUGUGCUGUUUACGUGAGCUCAGCAUCUACAGCGGUAUUUCUGGAAAUCAAUGGACGCAUUGAUAUCACUGACGCUGUGGAUAAGGCUCGGAAGCAGUUGGAGAGGAUUACCGAUACGUUAUCACGACAACGGCGUACCAUUGAGGCAGAGGGGUGGGCAGAGAAGGCCGAGGAAGCAGUCAAGGCAAGCGAGCUGAAGAAGCUUAGGGACUUGGAAGUCGAGUACCAGAACGUGACUGCGACCAUUGCACAGUUGGAGAAACUCACCAUUCGUAAUUAG